CCCCCCCCCCCUUCUUAAAUGGGCCCCCUAUAUAUGCCUUCUUCUUCUUCUUUUGUGUGUGUACAAAACUUAAAUGUCAACACCAAAUUGGAAACUUGGCUGCUGGCUUUAGUCAAACAGUGGCAUGCGUAGGUAAUCAUACAAACUCAGAAAAAUGUAUGCAGUUCUUUAUCCUUCUAGCUAACUAGUACCUAGCAUAAAUUAAUCAAGAGGUCCUACUUGUUUCAUGAUCAAGGGUUUAUCUUCUGUCUCCAUAAAACAAGUCAGGAGAAAUCAAAUUUGCUAAAAACAAUAUGGCAAAUAAUCCCAUGGGUGCCAUAAGCAGCUAUUUCACCACAGUCAUGGUGGUUCUAUAUCUGAGAAUUGGUGCAGCCUACAGCCUCCAUAUCAGUGAAUGCAAAAAGCCAGAAAAGGGAGCUGCUCUCUUCAUCUUUGGUGACUCCUAUUUUGAUGUGGGAAACAACAAUUACAUCAACACAUCCACUCUUGACCAAGCCCAUUUCUGGCCCUAUGGACAAUCUUACUUCAAGUCCCCUACUGGAAGAUUUUCUGACGGCCGUUUGAUUUCAGAUUUUAUUGCUGAAUAUGCAAACGUUCCAGUGCCACCACCGUUUCUACAGCCAGGGAAUGAAGAGGACAACUACGUAGGUGGAGCAAACUUUGCAUCAGCUGGAGCUGGUUCUCUUGUCCAGACUUUCGAGGGUGCAGUGAUUGAUUUGAAGACACAGGUGAACAACUACAAGAAGGUGAAAAUUUUGCUGAGAAACAAGUUGGGCUCUUCAAAAUCGGACAAGAUAUUCAGAAGUGGUGUUUACUUGAUUAGCAUUGGGACCAAUGACUACUUAAGUCCAUUUUUGACCAAUUCAACAGUCCUAACUUCCUAUUCUCGUACCCAAUACGUACAAAUGGUCAUUGGCAACUUGACCACUGUUAUUGAAGAGAUAUACAAGAAUGGAGGCAGGAAGUUUGGGUUUCUCAAUUUGGGUGACUUGGGAUGUUUACCAGGCCUAAGAAUGCUUAACCCUCCUACCAAAAAUGGGUGUUUGGAAGAAGCUUCAAAAUUGGCAAAAUUACAUAAUCUUGAGCUUCACAUUCUUCUCCUAAGACUGCAAAAAAAGUUCAAAGGGUUCACGUACUCACUUUAUGACUACAACCGUAGUUUGAGACAAAGGAUGAACCAUCCCUCUAGACAUGGUUUAAAGGAAGGGAAAAGAGCCUGUUGUGGAACAGGAAGAUUUAGAGGAAUAUGCAGUUGUGGAGGAAAGAGGCCAGUGAAGCAAUUUGAGGUUUGUAAAAGCCCAAAUAAGCAUGUCUUUUGGGACUCCUAUCACCUAACUCAAACUAUUUACCAACAAAUGGCAGCUGAAAUGUGGAAUGGUCCCUUGAUAGGAGGGCCAUCUACUCUCAAGACUCUCUUUCAAUGCCUCUAACAUCAUUGUUAUGUACAGAAGCAUAGAGUACAGAAUACAGAUAUUCAUUAACUUCUAUGAGCAUAGCACUGCGUCACAAUAGUAACUUCCUGAAUUCUUCUAUUCUAGGAAAUGAUCCAUAAUUUGAGUUGAAAGACAAUUGCUCCCACAGUUCCAUUUUAUAUGAUAGUAUUAUUUUUUAGUUUGUUUAAAAAAAAAAAACAUGACACUUAUAUGUAUUUAGAAAUUCUUUAACUUUAAGGGCUCGUUUGGUACAAGGUAUAAGGGAUAAAUAGUCUCAGAAUCAAAUUUGAGAUGAGUUUAUCUCACAUUUGGUUGGGAUAAAAUCGCGGUAUAACUAAUCACAGGAUUAGUUAUCUCGGGAUUGUAGUGUUAUUUAUAUCCAUGUGAGAGGGUGCAAUAACUAAUCCCGGAAUACGUAAUCAUGAGAUAACUUGUUUCCCAACCAAACGAGAUAAGUGUUUGUUUGGAUAGAGAUUAGGGGGUUAUCCCAAUAUAUAAUUUGUA